CUUCUCUCCCCUAGCUCCACAAAGGGAGAGAGAGACACACACACAGAGAGUGAAAGAAAAGGCUUUUUCUAUGAAGUGUAUUAGAUCUGAGGCAAUUGGGUCAUGGAGAGAGGAUGGAAAACAAACGUAGAGGUAUCACCAAACUGUCCUCGGUGUGGUUCUUCCAACACAAAGUUUUGCUACUACAACAACUACAGCUUAACACAACCAAGGUACUUUUGCAAAGGCUGUAGAAGGUAUUGGACUAAAGGUGGAUCCCUCAGAAAUGUACCUGUUGGUGGUGGCUGCCGAAAAAAUAGAAGGGCUAGCAAGUCCUUAAGGCUAUCCAAUGAUGGUGUUCAGUCAAGAAGUUUGGCUUAUGGGAAUCUCAAAAAUGACCCAAUGGGGCAUUCAUUCAAAGGGAAUUCCAUGGUUGAGUCCACUACUAGCUCAUCAAUGAUGCCUGAUGGUUCACAUAUCGACCUUGCACUUGUUUAUGCCAACUUCUUGAAUCAAAAGCCUGAUUGCAAGAAAGACUUGGAGUUGCCAGAAUUGCCUGCAGGUGAUCAUCAUUUUAAUUCAACUUCAGAGUUUUCAAGUGUGUCAAAUACAAACUUGAAUUCAAGUACUCAACUAGAAAAUGGUUUUUUUGGAUGUCACGCUAGUGUUUCUGAGCUGCCUUUGGAAAAUUGUGUUAACACCCAGAUGUAUUUAUCAAGUGAACAAUCUAUAAGGCAUGACACAAGCAAUUAUGGGUUGCCACCAUUGCCAGGUGAAGCAAUAGUCUCCCAAGAAGUAUUGUGGCCAAGUUCUCAUCAAAUGAUGGUGAAUCAUGCAUUUCAAGAAACGCAGCUGCUGGGACCAGAAGCACUAGAUCCAAAUUCCUUGAUUUCUAAUUGGAGCCCAUUCGAUUUAUCAAGGGAUGAUACUUUCUAGAGGACAUGAGAGGAAUGUGAUUUUCUUCAUCUAUUUUCUUGUUUUUAUUCACUAUGAUUAUAAUUAUGUAUAGAUUAGGAUGGGGAAAUUACCAUGAAAUAAUAAUCGUAAAAUGUUUUUAU